AAACGCAGCAGCAGCAGCAGCAAGCGUUUAGCUAGCUAGCUUUCUUUCCUUCAAUUUCGUUUCCAAAGAGUUGAUCACAGUACGUGUGUUUAGCUAGAGGAAGCUGGUGGUGGCGAGACCAUGGUGGGCAAGGGCAACGAGUGCGCCGCAGCUCGCCGCCGCUUCAGCCUCCGGGCGGCGGCGGCGUCGUCGUCGUCGUCGUCCUUCCUCCCCUGUCUCUUGCUGGCGGCGGCGCUCUCCGCCGGCUGCUGCCGCGCGCACGCGGCGACGGCCCGGGCCCCGCGCAGUCUCUUGGCCCGCUUCCCGACGACGAAGAUGACAUCGGAGUUGGAGAAGGAGGCCGGCCGGUACGUCGACGACAGCUCGCAGGCGGCGAGGACGAACAACAAGAUCACCAACCUGCAGGUGUCGUUCGUCGGCCACGGACAUGAUACUCCAGCAGAUGGAGAAGGGCAAUUCGCUGAUGCUGCAUACCCGGCGAAGUGGAAACCAGAUCAGGAUCCGUCCACGCCAUCGCUGGUCGUUGCUCAUCAUCUACCGAAUGGCAAUGCUCCCUUCAUUGAUGCUGCUUACCCAGUCAAGUGGAGUCCACGUGCUGAUGGGCCUCCUAAACAACCAGCCACCUUCCCUGCUUCUCCAAAUGGUGAGAAGGCCGAAUUCACUGAUUCUGCUUACUCGGUAAAAUGGAGUCCACGUAGUGUUGCACCUCCUAAAGCACCGGGCAUCUUUGCUCAACAUUCUAAUGGUAACAAGGCCCAAUUCACUGAUGCUGCUUACCCAGUCGACUGGAAUCCACGUAGUGUUGCGCCUCCUACUCCACCGGCUGCCUUGUCUUCUCUGGCUCAUCCAGCUGCAGGCAUACAUAUCCAGCGCGGGAUGCUCUUCUUAAUGAAGAAGUUGCAUCCUGGCGCCGUCUUGCCGGAAGGCACGAAGCUGGCGCUGCCGCACGGCGACCACGGCGUGGCCGCGGCGGCGCCAAGGUUCAUCUACAAGGACAAGGGCGACGCCGUGCCGUUCGACCUCCGCGCCAUGGACGCCAUCCUCGCCAUGUUCGGCAUCCUCCCUGGAUCCGACAAGGCGGCGCAGGUCGCCGACACCCUCCGCGCCUGCAGCGAGCUGACGGCCGCCGGCGGCGGCGGCGAGGAGCCACGCGCCUGCUGCGCCACCUCCCGCGAGGCGGUGCUCGACUUCGCCGCCUCGGCGCUGGGCACCAGCGCGCCGCGCGCGGUCACCACGCUCGUGCACGGGAGGGAGCCCCGCAGGUACGUGGUAGCGGCCGACGGCGUCGCCCGGAUCGGCGGCGACGCCGUGGUGGCGUGCCACCCUAUGCCAUAUCUAUACGAGGUGUACUACUGCCACCGGCCAGCCGACGCGGUGGCGCUGAGGGUCGACCUCCACGCCGUCGCCGACGUGGGCCUGGGCGGCGCCACUGCCGUCGCCGUGUGCCACGUCAACACCACCACCUGGGACAGUGCGUACUUCGAGCUCCUCAAGGCAAGCCGUGGCGACGCCAUCUGCCACUACAUGCCGCAGGGCUAUGUUCUGUGGCUAGCCAAUUGAGAGUAUUUCCUACAAACACCUGAUCGUAGCUACUCUACCUUUCAUGAUUGAUGCUUGAUGCAUCUCUCGCUGCUAUCUUAAUAAAAUAAAACUGAUGGUGUGCUCUCUUCUCGUCCUCGACUCCUUUUUUUCUUUUUCUUUUUUUUUUCGAAGAACAGUGAAGGAAGCUAUUCUAAUUACUGUUGCAAUCC